AUGGAACAUCACAACCAAUCAACGGGUAACCUCCUCAGCGCGGACGGGCUACUCCAGCACUCAUAUCGGCCUCUCUCUAACUCGACCGAUCGCUGGAACCGCGGGACAAACGGGAUGGGCCACCAUUUGCAAGAACGGUUCGAGGACCAACAGAUGAGAUCGUCAGUGGGGUCUUCGACUCCCCUCUCGGUCAUUCCAAUCGAUGUCGGGCGGCCUCUGAUUCCACCUUCCUCCACCAACAGCAGCGACCGCGUGAAUCCCUUCCUAGCGUCAGCGGCCACACGCAAGAUAUCUUCUUCAACUCGCAAGCAGAACCGCACUCGCGCGGAGAUCGACGCUGACAAAGCUCUCACUGCUGCCAAGAAGGCGGAGAAGGCCCAAAAGGCCGCGCAAAAAUUGGAGGCUCAAAGACAGAAGAGGUCUGCCAAGGAGGCCCGUGCAGCGUUGAAGGGUUCAGUUGCGACGCCUCCGACCCCGAGGUUUGUGUGGUCUGAAGAGGCCUCGUUGGAGCUCCUGCGUUUUGUUAAGGAGGCCAAAGACGAACACGAUGACCUGAGCAAGCAAACAGCUGGAUUCAUCGCGUGGACUCCGUAUUUCCUCAACCGUCAGGCCGACCGGGGUGACUACCCUCUCCUGAAUGGCAUUGCCAACGAUGUCAUACUCCGACGAUAUCGGGUGUUGAUGAACUUGUGGAAGGUGGUUUUUGAUAAGCUUUCACAUUCUGGUAGUGAAGGUCUACACGAGGUGUUGGCUAAGGAGAACAUGUCUCAUAUGGUGUGGAAUUGUAUCAAUUCAAUGCACGGCGACAACCCCGCCGCAAAUGCCUACGGGCAUAUGGAACUUGGUGGGGACCUAGGCUCCCUGAUUGCUGACUUGGGACCUGGGCAACCGAAUGAUGUGGCACCUGCGUCCGAGCGGCCGCCCGAGGAUGAGGAGGCACAGCGGCUGCGUGAUCGGCGAGGGAUCGCCGGCUUGACCGCCGAGGAGUUGGCUUUGGACUGCUCGGACGAGGAGGACCUAGGCUGUUUGCCCUCAGGCGUUCUCACCAAUCAGACGCACCCGACCAUGGGAGCAUCACCAGGGCGAGCGCGGACUUCCGGGGCUGCCCUAUUUGAUGGGAUCCCUAGGGCACCAUCGGUGGCCAUGGGCUCCGGUGGCAGUGGGUCAACUACUGGUCCUGCCCAUCCUUCCACCCCAACGGUUGGCCCAACUCCUACUGUUCCUCCUACCCCGACGGUUCCCCCAACGGCGACAGUUACCCCAACCCCGACGGUUCCUACCGACGUGAUCCUUAUGGCUAAGCCCCCGCCUGCGGGGCCACACCCUGCCCGACGUCGGGGCCGGACCGAGGUCACCAAACACAAGGAUUCCUCAGCCGGAGCCCUACUUGUGAUGUUACAAAAAUCUCAUGAUCGGCAAGACCAGUUACAACUUGAAAACCACCAGGUGGCUGAGAAGAAGGCCAAGGCGAAAGAUUUAGUGCGCUUGGAGGCAAUGGCUGAGGCUGCACACGACCGGACUAUCAGGGAUGGGCAGCUCAAGAUUGAUCGGGACCUGGCUGAGAAGCGGAAUCAGCUGAUGGACGACGAGUUCCGAGCUCGGGAGGCCGAUCGGAAGGAAGAACGGCGCCUGGAUAAGGAGUGGCGAGCGGCAGAGGGACGUCGGUACGAGGCCAGUCAAAAACAGUUGGCCGCCGAUAGGAAGGAUCAAGAUGAUGCCCGUCGAGCACAGGAACAAUCGACACAGAUGUUCCAGGCAGCGCUCAUGCGCAUGCUUGGUGUGGGGGGGGGGAUAAUCCGGUUGCCGAUCGCCCGUAGGCCAUCCAACAUGGCAGUCGCCUGUUGGCAUCUCAUGGUUACGGGCCUCUGGGCCCUUGUCCCUGCGCGCCACUCCUCUGGGGUUCAUAACCACAAGGCUGCAACCGAUCAGUGCGAGCUCAUCGUCUUGCUCCCCACCCGCCCAACAGACAAACUUUGCGACCAACCCUCCUCAAUAAUGUCGCUCAAUGUAUCUGACGACCGAUCGAUCCCCAACAGUGACCUCUCAGCCACCACAUCCCUUACCGCUGAGGUCCGCCAUUUGAAGGAAAUUCAUGGAAUAGGCGACUGCCCGUCCAACGCUCGGGCAAAUGACAGGAUUGCCUACCGCCGAAACAGCAUGCACAGAGAAUGGCUGCCUGAGGCGACCCCCAACGCGCACAGUUUCGGCCGGUCAGAAGCUGUUCCCGCCUCCGUUCCGACGGAUGACGGUAACAGUCAACCCCAGCCCCCUGAUGGAUCAACUGACACACCCAGCGUUCCUGGGCCUCAGGCGCCAGAGAACUCUUUGAACCUCUCAACAAGUACACAUACAGGCAGCUCUACGUUGCACUCCCGCACUACCCCAACCGGCUCGGUCGCAAGCUACCCUGAGGACGAUUUCACAGCUCUUGGCCGGUCCGCCUCAGGUGGCUCAUCUGCAGAGGCCAAUGGGCUGCUCAAAGACCCAGCGUCCGCAGCUGGCUCAUCUGCAGUCGCCAACGGGGUGAUCAAAGACCCAUCUGACGAGGCGCACCUCAGAUGUUCGAAUGCCCUUCGCAUGUUAUUCUAUAAUGGCUCUUGA